AUGUCUCGGCAUAUAAUAUUUUGUGGUGAUAUAAAUGCGAGAAACACGGAGUGGGGUGACAGAAGAACCAAUUCAGUUGGAGAGUUCAUAUCAGCAUUUAUGGCCGCAAAAGAUUUACAUUUACUAAAUGAAUAUGGAGAAAUUACGUUUGAAAAUACGAGAGGAUUCAACAGCAUCAUUGACUUAUCAUUUUGCACAGAUGACGUUUUAGAAUAUGAACCGAGAUGGAGAGUACAACCAAUAUUGCCGACGCCAGACCAUAAGCCAAUUCUACUGGAAUUAAAUAACACUGAACCCCAGAGACAGGAGCCACACCUAACAGCUAUUAAGUGGAAUUAUGCGGAAUGCAAUUGGAAAGAAUUUGAAGACGAAGUUACAAAAUUAUGUCAGGAACAACAGGUGGAUAAGAUCAUGCUGACAUCCAAAAAUAAAAUUGAUCAUGUGGCUAAAUUAAUUGAAGAGCUCAUCCUUACAGCGGCAUAUAAACAUAUACCUUGUAAACGAGUAACAGUACGGUCAAAAGGAUGGUGGUCCCCGCAGAUAGCGAUGCAAAGAAAGUUGACGAGAAAGUGGCGUAGGAUUUACAAAACAAUUAGAUCACCACCAAAUGAAGCUAGAUUUCUGUUUGAACAACGUAAAUUGAAAGAGAUGAUUAGAGACGGUAAAGCACAUCACAUACCAGUGAAACCAGCUGCCACUCCCGAAUUGCAUCAUAUACAAUCAGUGUUAAGAAAUAAAAAAUCAACUAACAUACCCUAUUUAUAUAUUGAUGCCAAGAAAAACACAAAUGUAACCCAAAUGGCUGAGUCAUUGUUGAAUGAAUUUGUGAGUCAGAAAUCUCAAAAAAAAUCGGCUCCGUCGAUUAAUACUAUACAAUCAAGAGGAGUGAGAAAGAACGAUCACAACAACAGGAAUAAAACUGGGUUCAUUCCAAAAAGAGAAUUUCUUGGAAUCAUACGAAAUUUAAAACCAACAAAAUCAGGAGGACGAAACACUAUUCAAAUGAUAAUGAUACAAAAGAGCGGUACUCUGUUCUCUGAUCUGUUGUUUAAUGUGUGUUUCAACUGUUUUAGGCUGGGUUA